UCAUUGAUAUUUGCUAGACGCAUUAGAUUUUUUCCCUUCUAACAGCCAUGUCUGUUGUCGGAUACCUAAAGCUAUUGCAUCUGUGUGACGAGGAAAUCAGUUGGCAUUCUGAACGUAAGUGGUUGAUACGUAUUUACAAACGUUUUAUUCCUGGUGGCUCGGAAGACGAGAUCACAGACGUUGAUUCGUUGCUCGACAAACUGCAAGAGAGAAGUGUUCUAGGAAUUGACCGACUUGACGUAUUGAAGGAUCUCCUAGAAGGGAUAGGAAAAUGGGAUCUUCUUCGAAUGGUGAAUGAAUUUGAAAUUAAGAGAAAAGGCUUCAAACAGUUUCUGGAGAAGAUAAGUCAUGCACUCGACGAGUCCAAUGAACUGCAACGACUUAUUUCAAUCUGCAGAAGACAAAAUCUCAUAGCUCAUGAAAGAGAAGGACACAUCACAAACGUCAAUGCAUUGUUCACAGAGCUAGAAAAUCAGAACAAUCUGGGGAUAGGAAAUCUCAGUAUCCUGAAAACCUUAGCAAAUGAGGUCGAAAAAUCAGAUUUGUGCAAACUUGUGGAUGACUUCGAUGAGAAGAGAAAACAAGAAGACGAUUCUGAGAGGAAAAGGAAAGAGUGGGAGGACUACAAACUAAAAGCACAAGCUCAGGCCGCAUCUGUUCUAGUUGGUGGAAGAAAAAUUGGAGAAAGGUUAAUUGGAGCUGUUACACCUCACUGUACUUUCCACAAUCUUGUUGGUGGUACCGUGGUCGUCACUACAUUGAUGGUCCUUCGCAAGAGUCGCAACAUGAAAGAAUUUACCAAUGCUUUCAAAGAAGCUGUUCUUCCAUUGGAAAAUGUCUUGCGUGCAAUUGCUGAAGGAUCGAUCCGAUUUACGAUUCAAGCAGAAAAUAUUUUCGCUCUUGACGCACUAUGGCAAAGUUAUCAAGAUGAAACACUACAGACAAAUUUACAAGAGUUUCUUGUUACUGAGGAAAUAGAGCAGCUGACAGGUGGUGAAGUGAGAUUAACUGUGUACAUCGACGAAGAUGAAUACAGAAAUGCCAGGUUGGAUUUGAUGAUAUCAGGAAUAGAAGGUAAUUACACCAGAAAUAGUCCCGCCAUUGUGCAUGACUCCUUGUGCGAGAUGAAUUAG